CACGAACUUACUACGACAUCACAUAAUAUGUAUCAACCCUUUUCGGAAAUAGGGUAGUAAUCCCGGCGGUUCGGCCCCUACAGCAACCGACCACCAGCAGACAACACGCAAAGCAGAAUGACGUGCGGGGAGAUAGUCCGUCGAGGCUUCAACACACUUGAAGGCCGCCAUGAGCAGCAUGAAUUUUUCUUCUCCCCCCACCUAGUUCUCCUAAUUACCUGCCUAACUCAAUCGUUCAAAGCAACUCUGCAGGCAGACCCUUCCUUAUCGACUUCCUAGAUCCGCGAAGAUCAGCCUAGCUAACCAGGCUUUCCCAGUCCAUUCCCCUUCCUAUCCUCUGCAGCUUUAUUUUUGGGGGAAAGAAAUACACACACAGAGAGAGAGGGAGAGAGAGAGAGAGAGAGAGAGCUCUCAAUGGCCGAUUCCAUUCGGGUGUCGCUCCCUACGAGCGGCGAGGACGAAACGGAUACGGGCGGCGGCCCGCUGGAUCUCGACUCCAUGCCUACGCCGGCCGGUGCCUCUGUUGCUGCUAAUGAUACAGCUGAGGACACUCCGCGUAGGCCGCAGAAGCGUCGCAGGAUACCCGUCGCUUGUGGUGCGUGCAGGAGCAAGAAGUCGCGCUGUGAUGGCUACCGGCCGAAAUGCUCUAGUUGUCAGGCACAGAAUAUUGAAUGCGUCUACUUAUCUCCUCCCAUCUCGGCGACAACUCCAGUUCCAAGGGCGUUUCUUCAGCUCGUAGAGACCCGCCUGUCUCAGCUCGAGAGCGACGUGCGCAUGCUGAAGGACACACAGAGCCGGACCGGAAGUGUGACUAGCGACUCCAUCAUGAACGACCGGAGGGCCAGCAUGUCAACGUAUCAGUCGGCUCUCACCGUGCCUGAAGUGGAUUCCGAGGACUUUGGAGAAUUUCCUGAUGCUACCGAUGGUAUGGGAUCCAUGGAAUUCGCAAAGGAAGAGGACUCUGGUUACUAUGGUACGUGUCAGCUCAUGGUGGCCGAUCUUGGGAAAGAGGAGGGUGGGGGGAAAAACUCGGGAAGAGACUAUCAAUGGCUGAGCACUUCUUCUUUCACCGCAGGCCCAUCAUCGAACAUCGCAUUCACUCGCAAUAUCCGCCGAGCCAUGUACGCCCUCUUAUCGCGGCCAGCAUCUCGUCACCUCGGCCCCGACGCGAGGUCGCACCGGCAGAUCCCCCACAGGCCCUCUCUCGAUGUAUCUCGGCCCUCCACGCCCCACGUGCGGACGACACGGCUGAUCAACGGCGAGGCGGGCAGUGUGGAUGGGGCCGUCGACUAUCUCGCCCUACCUCCUGACGAGGAGAUGGACGCCCUCGUCAGUCGCUUCUUCGUGGACACGGGAGCUCUGUUCCCUUUUGUGCACGGCCCGAGCUUUUUGGAUGAGUAUGAGCGGGUGAAGAGGAAUAACUUCAGAAAGUUCAGGCGGUCCUGGCUGGGGCUGCUAAAUGCCAUUCUUACCAUGGCCACGGUGACUUCUGCCAGCAUGAACAUCACUGCCUCUGACAGGGCGGCCCGGGCGGAAGUCUUCUAUAUGCGUGCCAAGGCACUAUGUCUGGAUCGCAUGUUGCAUAGUGCAAGCUUGGAGACUGUCCAGGCAAUGCUGCUCUUGAGCCAAUACUUGCAAGGCACACAUCGAUCGACGACCACCUGGAACGUGCAUGGUCUUGCUGUGAAGGCGGCUUUCCAGCUGGGGCUGCACUCGACUUCUUUCUGCAAAGACAAUUCCCCGUUGGAUAAAGAGAUGCGUCUUAGGACCUGGUAUGGCUGCAUUCUUCUCGACAGAACACUCAGCAUGACCUUUGGCCGCCCUCCAGCCAUUCCCGAAUCUUAUGUUCGAACCCCAUUGCCAAAAGCCUGCGACAAGACUCUUGCCCCUAUGAAGGUCAACGAUGUCAUGCUCAGUACUGAUUUCUUCGUGUAUACUAUAACUCUUUACAAAAUAAUGUGGACGAUAAUCGACAUUCUCUACAAAUGCAAUAUUGGCGAUCCGGACGGCGGUGUCCUCCCUGUCGCCGCCAGCAUUCUCCAGAUCGAACAUCAGCUGCUCGAAUGGCAGGCCGCGCUGGGUCCACUCUCGAGUCUUGUCACACCAGCAGAGCUAAGGAAUGACGACAGCUUCAGCGCGGAGAAGAGGUUCCGAGUCGUUCUCACCUUGCGGUAUCACAACGUCCGCAUCCUUGCGCACCGCCGGAUGUUGGAUCUAUACCUCUCCAGCAUCGAACGGGGCCAGAGCUACGAUGCAGAGGACUCGAUGUUGAGACAAGUUGGGCAGCGCAGCAAGAGCAUCUGCUUCCAGUCGGCGUCCGAGUUGAUCGGGAUUGUCAAUGUGCUCACGCACUCUCCCGAGCCAAAGAGGGGCUUACUUGGGGCGUGGUGGUUUACCCUUUACUAUACAUUCAAUGCGACACUGACGAUCGUCGCAUUGAUGCUUUGUAACCAUGUCAGCGGCCCAGAAGCGCCCACUUCUUACGAAGCCACAGGCAUCUCAGACCAGGCCCUGAAUGAGAUACUAGCAGCAGCACUUGCAUGUUUGCCGUUGAUUGACAAUGGAAACAAGAUGGUGGAAAAGUGUGCAAAGUUUGCGACAACGUUGAACCAGUGUCUGCAUCUCCUGGGUGAACAAGCAGACGGCUCGUUCAGGAGUAAUGGUGAAGGGGGCACGCCUACGGUGGAAACUCCGAGGCCCGCCAACCAAUACGGGGUGCCUCACUCGUAUGCUCCCAUACCAAUCGAUGUCAGCCACUUUGAUCUCGGUGCUCUAGGUUGGGAGAACGACUUCUUGGCGUCCCUAUGGAGUGGUAUGACCGAGGGAAAUCAAGAGUCUGAUCUCUUCUGCUAAUUGUUAACAAUCAACACAUCGUGAAGUUGUGCUCCGCAUCACUGGACAAGUACUGCAUAGGCAAGCCAUAUUUCAAUAAUUAGCAGAAAUCAAAUUAUAGUUUCCAAAACC